UAUAACUUAAGUUUACAAAAUUACUAAAUAAAAAUUUAUAAAUACAUAAAACGUUAGAAACUUUGGUUUCAAAUGCUACAGCAAAACAAUGAAAUUUCCUGCAAGAAAUACAAAAACAACUACAACCAACGCAAAAGUGUCUAAAAGCAACAACAAAGACAAAGAAAAGGAUAAAGUCCGCAAUACCACAAACUUACUAACAAACGCGGCUAAAAUGAAAAUAACUAAAGCUAUUGCUAAUUCCAAAUUAGCAACAACUUCCAACAAUACAAAACCCACCAAAGGAUUACAGGAUUGCUUACAAGCAAUGCAAAAUGCUUAUCCAAAUGCAACCACCAUAGACACAACCAAUAAAAUCUAUAAAACAGUACAAGAGCAGUUGGAAGAUGCAAGAUCCAGUGAAAGAGUAGACAUAACCGCAGGAUCGCAUUUAUUACAUACGUUAGCAGCUCACCCGCAUCUACAACAACAAAUAAUAAACCAUCAUUCACAACAAAAGGAACUCAGAAUAGGAACAGCUAUAAACCAAAUAGCAUAUGAACAACAACAAGAAGCAUUACAUACCCAAAUAACAUCCAAUCCAAAUACAACGAUGAUGUAUAUGAAAGAGACAUCGAACACACUAAACACAAUACCAACAAAAAAACAGGAACGAUCGUUAACACGUACAACAACAAAUAACACACCAGCACCAGCACCAGCAACAACUGCAGCGGUUUUGGAAACGCACUCACUACUGCUGAACUCAACACACUUGCCUGUCGAACACGAUCAACACGAUCAACACGAUCAACAAAAACAACAACCACCUCAAACACAACCAACAACGACAAUAGUACCACUACUAGCACAACAAGCAAAAACUUCGUCAUCGACAACUUCACUGUCAGUUGUCAACGAAACGUCUACUGGAACGGCUACGACGACAACAACAAACGCGAGCAUUGAUUUUCGUGACGUCUCAGUUGAAAGUAAAGCAAAAUAUCAGCAACGAGAUAAAAAUUUGAAAAUUAUUGAUAAGUGUAAAAACGGUGCGAUAAGUGCAGCAACAUCAACAAUUGUUACAACACCACCGGCAACUACAAUUUCAGUGAUAAACACUCAAAAUAUAGUAAACAAUUUAAGUGGAACUCAAAGUGAAAAACUAUUAACAAAUAAUAGCAAUAAUAAUCAGCAAUUAAAUGAGCAAGAAAGCGAUAAUAAAAAUUUUGAACAACAGCAACAGCAACAGCAACAUUUAAAUAGUGAAUCUGAACAAGCAAAUGAUUUGUUGCCAAUAAAUUAUCGUGGUUUAAAUAAUUCCGUGAUAAUAGCAAAUUAUAGUAAUACCCAACAGCAUCCACAACAGGAGGGAACAUCAACAACACCACCGGCAACAGCUGCUCCAAUUUUAGUUUAUCAACAUACAACAGCAACGACUGCGCCCACAACUCCAACACCCAACCCAAAUGAAACGCAUUUUCGUUACGGGCAACAACUAACGCACGAUCAAUAUCAAAGUGAGCAAGAGCAACAAUUGUUGGCAACACAACAUAUACUCAACAGCAAUACAGAUCCGAAUUUAAAUUUAGCUGUUGCUGGCUUAACUACACAACAACAGCAACAUUGGUAUGCGCCUUAUAAUAGUUGUGCUUAUGAUUUAUCCUUACAUCAUCAGCAACAACAAUUCCAACAGCAUCAACAGCAUUUAAGAGAAUUAACUGAAAAAUCAGAUUUGCUUACAUUACAUCAGCAACAUUUGCUCCUACACACACCGCUACAUUUGCAACAACAACAACAAGUUGCAGCUACAAAUUCUACCGCUUUGUAUCAUCCAACAGUGCAUCAAUUUGACGACACAAUGCGUAAUAAUUGUACAUUAUACUCAUCCUAUGGAGUCAAUCCACAUGAUCAUUUGCAACAUCAUCAUAGCACUGCCUCAACCGCACAUACGCCGAAUAGCAUAGAUGAAGUAAUAUCAGAUACGCUGAAGGACGAGUGCAUGGAUGAUGUCGGUGUCAGUUACUAUACCUUAACAUCAGUGCCCGAGUUGCAGGCUUAUCAUCAGCAUCAGCAACAUCAUUUGAUGCAUAGCCAACAGCUGUCACAACAAGUACAACUGCAAGCAACACAUAUGCAACAUAAUAGCCAUUCUGCUGGUUCAGGUGGUGAAUCCCCAUCCCCCAAUCAUCUGACGCACGGUAAUGAUGUAGGCUCUCUACAAAGUUUUACACAAUUAACCAAUGCCACUACACAACGUGAUCUCUACGGAAACUUAACACCUGAACAUACACCACUCACAUAUUUUCCAUCUCCAUUAAGUCCAGUACUAUCCACAAGUUCAGUUUAUCCUGCGCCUCUGCUAGCCUCAGCUACGAAUGGCAUGCAAUAUGGUAUGCAAUCGGCGUUAGCGGCAGCCGCUGCAGCUUCAGCGUCACCACCGCAAAACACCACACCGACACCGGGUUCGCAUAUUGGAGGAACUACGACAGGCACAACAGGCAUAAAUAGUGUUGGCUCUGAUUCCAAUUCAAUCAAUAAUGAUGACUACGAUUCACCGAAAAGCAAUAACAGUAAUGGCGGCGGUGCAUUACCUGCAUUCCAGCGUAUCGCUGCAGGAAGUUAUGGCGGUGUGGCUAAUGUAAAUAACGCCACAGCUAACGGCGCCGAACGAUAUACAUCAUUAACAAAUUACAGAAGUAAUAAUGACACUUGGCCAAAUCAUUAUGAAGCAAUUAGUUAUGCUGCACCAACGGCUGUAGUAAGUCCGGCAAUAAGCGGUGCAUUAGCUGGCAACACAAAUGUGAUACGUAGUGCUAACGGACGCUCCAAUGCAAUAGUUGCUAAUGAUGGUGUACCGGGUGGUUUAACGGCGCAUUUGAGUGCAUCAGCUUCGUUGUCAGCAACAUUUUUCGAUGCCGAUUUUUUCACUGAGGGGCGAGAAUGUGUCAAUUGUGGUGCAAUAUCAACUCCAUUGUGGCGACGUGAUAAUACCGGACACUAUUUAUGCAAUGCGUGCGGUCUUUAUCACAAAAUGAACGGAAUGAAUCGUCCUUUAAUUAAACAACCUAGAAGAUUGAGUGCAUCACGAAGAGCUGGUAUUUCCUGCUCCAAUUGCGCGACUACGACUACCUCGUUAUGGCGUCGCAAUAUAAAUGGCAAUCCCGUUUGUAAUGCCUGUGGUCUUUACUUCAAGCUACACAACGUCAAGCGUCCUUUGACUAUGAAAAAAGAUACAAUUCAGACACGAAAGCGUAAACCCAGAGGAAGUAAAUCUGAAAAAGCUGUAAAAAAUGCGAUAAAAAAUAUUAUCACUAAUAACAAUGGGACUAAUACUGCACCCAAUUUAAAUAUCAACAACAGCUUAACUGAAGAUGUAAAAGCCAAUUUGUCUGUCUUGCCACAACAACAACAACAGCAGAUGAAACAAGAACAUCUUCCACUACAGUCAAGUCAAAUAAAUCAACAAAAUUCGGGAGCAAGUUCUCCUAUAGAAGAUCAUAGCUCAAUAACAUCGCAGAUGUCAUGUGGUGUAUUGACAUCAACUGGUCCACCAACCGCACAAAUGGGUCUAUCUCCCAUCUCGCCAAUAACACCACAACAACAACAUCAAACAGAUGGUAACGUUUCACCAUUAGAUCGCCAACAGCAAAUGCAACAGCAACAAACACAGCAGCAGCAGCAGCAGCAACAACAACAACAACAAUCGCCUUAUCAGCAAAUUUCACCAAUACAUCAUAUAAAUUCACCAAUAAUGUUUAACUCAUCCACAUCACCAACACAUAAUGGUCAUUUACAUAACAACAACAACAACAAUACCGAUUAUCAUAAUAAUAAUAAUAACAGCAAUAAUAAUAUGAAUAAUAAUAACAACAACAAUAACAACGUAAAUGCAAGCAAUAACAAUUUAAAGUUUAUACAGAAAUUUCUACAAACUCACCAACAAGAGUCAUCGUCUCUCCAAGAUCAACAGCAUCAGCAGCAACAGCACCAACAGCGUCAACAACUGUUAGCACAACAAAUUAUGCAAUUGAUGCCAGCAUCAUCAACAAUUCAAACGAACAACAUCAACAACAAGAGCAACACGAACUGCAGCAGCACAACGAGCUCCACCAUAUCACCGACAGCAGUUUCGACAAUAACAACAGCAUCUGCAUCACCAAUAACAGCAACAACAACCACAACAACAACAACGAUGAUGGAACAACACCAAUUGCAACAACAACGUCGCCAUCAUCAUGGUCUGCAACAACAUCAACAAUUGCAUUCUGAUGUCAAUCCAAAUGGUAUUGUAUCAGCAUAUAACCAACCAACACACGAUCAGCAUAUAGCACAUGAUCAUCACACUGGAUAUGAUAGUUUUGAUGUGAUAAUGUCAAGCGGUAGUGGACCAGAAAUUAAAAUAGAACUUACAAACACUCACGAACAAGAGCAACAAAAUCAACUUCAUCAGCAACAGCAACAGCAUCAUCAUCAUCACCAACAAGAAGCACAACAUUUAUUUCAACAACAUAUUGCUGCUGCAUUAAGUCGCAGCUCAUCAGAGGAGCUUGAUGAAUAUCAUCAUGCUUACCAUCAACAUCACAGUCAUCACCAUCACCAACAGCAACAACAACAUCAGCCAUUGUUUGAAUUGCACGCAGUUGCACAGCAACAUUUGCAGGAGUUCAGUCGUAAAUUUGAACGUCAAACUGUGGUGAAAAUGGAGUAAUUUAAACUGAACCUGAGAACUUGAGAAUUGUUAGGAGAAUUGCAGGACAUAAUUUUAACGUUGAAUCUCAUUGAUAUCUGCUACUAUACAUACAUAUAAACAUAUGUAUAUGUAAUUAUAAAAGCUUUGUAUAUAGUUUGCAUGCAAAUAUUGCUUGUGUUUCAAAGAAACCAAAGAUACCAUUGUUUUCCAUUAUAUAUAACUUUAUUAGUUUGUACUAUAUUAAAAUUAUAUGUAAUACUUUAAGGUUAGUGUAAUUAUUGAAGCAAUAUCAAAAUUUGUAUACUACAAUCCUUGAAGGAUGUGAAACGAAACGAUUAAUGAUUUUGUA